GUUCCUCAUUUUUUUGGUUAAAUACCACCAGAUAUAUAAAUGAACAGCAGUUUAGUCCUAUUGUAGGAUUUUGGGUUGUUCACAUAACAUUAGACAGUAAUUUUCUAGCUGUGGAUAAUAUGGUUCACCCAUGAUACUUAUACGCACUCUGAUUUUUUUUUAAGUUUUCUGGGUGUUAUUAGCAGUGGAUACUAUGGCUUGCUUUACUGAUAAAACUGAUAUGCACUCUUGAGUUAAUUUAAAAUAUUUUUUAAUUUUUUUGAAGAUCUCUGAAUGUGAUGUGUCUGUGGUAUAGAUUGUUAUAGCUACCGCUCAUUUGCUUAGUUAUUCGUUGCUUACCAGUGACGAUCUAAAGACAAUAUGAUGGAAGGUGGGGAACUAGUCUAUGGUUCGGACCAGGAAUAUGACAACAUUGCAACAUCGUCUGAACCUGUUCAAGGACUCGCCACGAGCGUUUAUAAAGAAUUUGAGAAAAUGAUUGCAAAUUAUGAUCAAGAUGUCGUAAGAGACUUAAUGCCUCUUGUCGUAACAAUGUUAGAAACUCUUGACCAAACAAUCACUGAAAGAAACGAGUCUGCCGUCGAAAUAGAGCUGCUGGAAGAAGACAAAAAGCAACUGAAAUCACAGUUCGAACGUGAACGCCAACAAAAAAGACUCGCAGAACAACGACUCAUCGAAAAUGAAGAUGUUGCUGAAGCUCUUUCUCGAGACUUGAAACAGCUGAACGAAAAGUUCGAGGUUACGUCACGACAACUUGAAAUGAAAUGUAAAAGUCAGGCAGAUCAAAUUGAAAGAUUACUCGACCGUGAAAUGGAGUUGAAAAAGGAAUAUACAGAACUUCAUCAACGACAUUCUGAAAUGAUUCGUUCCUAUGUAGAACACAUUGAAAAAACAAAAACUCUUCAACAACACCUUACUCCAGAUUCUAUUUCUUAUUCCCCAAUUCCUAAAAAGCAUUUACCAGACAGUUUUGCCACAAUUUCACCGCUGUCACCCGAAACACCGUCUUCGAGACAAUUAGAUUCAACUCCUGUUCAAGAAAAUAGUGAAUCCAUAGAAGCAGCACGAACAAGACGGCUUGAAUGGCAAGAGGGUAUUGAUCCAUUUCAUCCUAACAUUAAGCAAGAAAUAAUUGAAACAAUAAAUAAAGAAGACGCUUUAUCUAAAGAAGAAAAACUUGAAAAUUUACCCAUAGUCAAAGAAGAUUUAAACAGCGAUAGAACAAGCCUGGAAUCAAACAGCAGCGGUCUCGAUUCUGGCAACUUAUUGAGCCACGAGUUCCAACAAAGCGUUCUUAAAAUGGGGUUAAAUGUGGACGCGUCUACUCCACUUCACGGAGAAGGUGACGCAUCUUCUUUAACAAGACAUCAGCAAAGUUUAGGAAAGAUAGGAAUUGAAAAUGAAGCUUUCGAACAUGGAGUUACAGCCAAUCAUGAAUCGUUGUAUAUAGAAAUGUGUGAUAAAGAUUUAGGAGAUGUUGAUGACGGUGCAGAUAUAUUAGGAAUGGGGAAAGAGUUAGAAAACUUAAUGCUUGAAAAUACUAAACUUAUGGCGACAAAAAAUGCACUUGAUAUUGUUAAAGAUGAUUUGAUUCAUCAAGUAGAUCAACUUACUAAUCAAUUAACAAUGAUUCAAGAAGAUCUAGAAAGGGCUCACCAGUCGAAAGAAAUUCUUUCAAGACAAGUUUCUGAAUUACAAACAGAGGUGAAACGACUUGAAAAAAUAAACAAAGAAGCGGGAAAUUCACCCUCAGGACAAACCCCUGUAACACCCAUUGGUGAAGAUGAUCUCACCUCUGCGCAACGGAAACGUUUCACAAGAGUUGAAAUGUCGAGAGUUUUGAUGGAACGAAAUCAAUACAAAGAAAGAUUAAUGGAAUUACAAGAAGCCGUUAGAUGGACGGAAAUGUUACGGGCAUCUCGUGAUCACCCAGCCGAAUGGAUGCCGCCACCUUCCAAGGAAAAAAGUGGGUCUUCGAUUUCACGCUUUUUUAGUCGUCUGUUUGGUCCCAGUACAUCCACAACGUCUUCAGCAAAUGUUUCACCUUCAAGGCAACGUAUGAAGAAAUCAUCGUCGUCGUCCGUAGCGGAAGACGCAAAAAUGCGACAUAGUUUAUCGGACUCGUUCACAACAGCACAAUCAAAUAUGGGAAAGUAGCAGAAUAUGAUAUUGAAUACCUGAAGUGGCAACAUACAAGACAACUUAAUGUGAGAUCUGUGAGCGGAGUACUACCUAAGCUAUACUUGUUAUUUGAAAAUGGUGGAAUACAUAUUUUCACUGCUGUUUUUGUAUGCUUAUGUCGUACAAUAAUACCAACUUGACAUUUGAAAUCAAAAACUUUUUAAAAGACAAGUCGUGCCAGAUUUCGAAGUGUUCUAGGAUAUUGCCGUAUAAAGGUUUAUUAUAUUAUUAAUAUUGUACUUCCUUCUUAUUGCCCGUUCUUGCAAUCUCUGGAAUUUUCAAGAACAAUUGGGCUUAUAUAGUAUGUAUUAUUGCAUAUUGCGUAACCUUGCUUCAUGUUCAAAUCCGUGUAUAUUCUUAAUAUUGUAAAGGUGUGUUAAUCUUGCUAUAUAGGUAAUCGAUAAAGAAAUUGGAUGAACAUGUUAUGAACUAUGUUCCUUUUUAUAUUGAUCUUUAUACUGAGAUUUAUUAAUAGUGUUUAUAUCAUCGUAAAAAUAAUUGUUAUUAAUUAACAGUCAAAUGUUGCCGAUCAAAUUAUAUCUUCAUGUCACUGUGUAUUUACUUUGAAGUAUAUUUGCUUUGAAAUUUUGUCAAUUUUGUUGAAAAAGUUGUCAUAGAAUGGUAAAGAAAAUUCUUUAUUUUAGUACGCAGGUUUUUUCUUUGAAUUAUGGAAACUGACUAUGCUUCUUUAUUAGUUUAAAUUUUUACAUUUAAAUCAUGCAAACGAUUGUACAAUUUUUUGUAGGGUUUUUCAUAAGGAUAUUUUGUGCACGUAAAAAUUAUCCUGAGGGCAGGAAAAUUCGAAUAUUAUAAGUUGUAUGCCUUAUUUCAUUUGUGUAAAUGCUCCAUUGUUAGCUGUAUUUCAGUAGAAGCCUUGCUUCGGCCAUUUCACUAAGACUUAUUUAACUGUUGAAGCUGAAUAGUAAUAGCAGAUACCACCAUUUGAAAUUCCAGAUUUUUACCAUUUCGUGAGUGUUACCAAAUCAGUGUAAGAAAUGUUCUUUCUACAUACUGGUUAUUAGAUAUGGCAUACAACAUCAACAAACAUUUUUCAAUUUCAUUUUGAUAUUUUAGCAUAGUCAAUAUGAAUAUGCUAUAUAUGGUGCUGUUGUAGGUACAGAAUUUUAUUGCUUAAUUAUCAAUCUUCUGUUGAAGAUUAUGAAUAUUUACACAUUGCUGGUGCUUUUCUUUGUAUAAUAAUGUUGUUAUUGUGCUAUGUGCAAUCCCUAAUCUGUCUUUAUUAUGUAUAAUCUCUGAAGACACAGGUCAUCUUUGGCCAGUGCAACUGCAAGUAUAAUUAUUUAGAUUGACAUGGAAAUGCCAGUCAAUAGAAAAGUUUGUUUCUAUUUUUAAAUGAUCCUGAUAAUGAAGAUCCAAAUUUUUGCAUUAGACACUGCACAAAAGGUUGCUUCUUGGCUUUAUUUCAAUGAUGGUGACUCUCAGUACUGUUUCAAAUCUUUUAAAUUUGAUCGUUUGUCUUGAAAAAAGUUGGUCGGAAAAGGUUUUACUGUGACCCCAUUUAGCCUAUUUGCAACCCAUGGGGUGCAGGAGCCCUAGUUUGAAGAUUUGUUUGGGACAUCCCUGGUCUAGUGAUUCCUUUUUCAUUUAUGAUAUACUGUUUUGUUUUGCCGUCCUGUUACUGUGUCAUUUUACUAGAUAUGUUACAAACACAUUGAUAAUUAAUCAAUUUUCUUUCAUUAUUGAUACUGUGUUCUAUAGUUCCAUCAUCCUUACUAUAAUUGUUGUUCUGCUUCAAGAUGGAUGUUGUUGUUGUUUACUGUUUAUAAAUUUUUAAUUAUAGGAUUGUCAGUAUAUUUGUGGGAAAUGAAGAAUUAUAACAAUCUAAAUAAGGCAUAGACAACAUUUAAAAAUAAAUUUAUCAGAAUUACUCUUUUUUUCAAUUUUUGGUCGUUUUGUCAAGAAAUUAUGAUUUAUGCCAAUACUAUUUUUUUUCAAUUUUUAAUUGUUUUGUUAAGAAAUGAUGAUUAAUGCUAACUUCAGCAUACAUACUAUACUAUAGUGUUCAUGAACAUUUGAAAAUUGAAAUCUUUGCAUAAAAAGAGUUCUAGAAUUUUAAACUAUCAUUCUUUUUUUCUGAGCCAAAGUAAAUCAAAGAAUUGAUGAUCGUAAGGAUGUUUAUUCAUGACCAAUCUUGAAUAAUUUUUUAUUCAUCUCCCUUUAUUGGCCAUACUUAGUUAGCCAAUGAUAGUUUGUGUAACUCAAUGUUGCUCAAGAAACGCCUGCUGCAGUUUGAAAAACUUUUUUUGAGAAAAAGGAUGCCAUUGUUGUGAAAUGAGCAGCAAGAAUUAUGUUUUGUUGUUUUGACAAAAAUCAAUAAUAUGAAUUGAGCUCAUGAUUAUUGUCUCAUGAAGUUUGUGCUUUACUUGUUUCAUGUUGUAGAAUUUUGGUGAAUUACUCAAAUCUUUCAAGUUAGUAUUAAUAGCUCAUUGAUUUCAUAACCUUUUUUCAUGAAUUUUUGAUAUUUUAUGGAUUUUGAAAUGCUUUGAAUUCAUCUAUCUGCUUGAUAAAUUUUGAAUUUUGUAAAAUCUUCAAAUAUUGUACGAAGCCAUUCAAUUUCAUGUCUAUUCUUAUUAAUGCCAUAUGAUGUUCUAGUUUUUUUUACUGGAAUAUAGUGAUUUGAUUUAAUUGAAAAGUUUCCAAAUUUGGUUAAAGUUUCAUCCUUAUCUAUAUAUUUGAUACAAUUGAUGGCAAACUGAAAUUUUUAUUUUCAAUAAUAAACAAUCACAUCAAUAAUGCAUAAUCUGCAUUCAAAGUAUUUUUGUCCCCUGUAAUAUUCUCUUUUACCACAUAAUUUUGGUUCACAUUAAAAUUAAAAUAUUAUGUUACAUUUGUGGUUAGAGGAUAGAAUCCUUAUUCAAUUAUAGUAAAGAAAUAUGCAUAUAGAAAAGUAAUUUUACGACAACAGUUAAUAAUGAUGUAUGAGAAAAACUAGAAAUUAUCAAUAUUUGCUGACAUUUCAAGAUGUGUUUACGAAUACACAUUUCUGGUUUGUCCUUUAUCGAAACCAAAUACGUGAGGAUUUCCAUAAAAAAAUCGCAAGAACACUUACUCAAUAAAGUUUCACUGAACAUCUUCAGAAAAUACAGUAAUUUAGUUGAAAUAUGUUGAUUCUGAACUAUUUAUUUUGAUUUUGAUUCAAAUGCUUCAAACGCUAAUAAGGAAUCACUACCUAAAUUUUUAUUUCUAUCCAGAUUGCCACUAUGUUUAAAAUUUAGAAAAAUUUUUUUUUAUGUCAAAAACAUUAUUUUUGUUAAUAGCAUUAUGCAUGCUUUACAAGUAAAAUAUUUGUCUUCAUUUUUUUGUGCUAUAUUUUAUCCUCAUAUUAUUGUAUUUGCAUCUAGAA